ACUGUGGUAUAUAGUAUAAUAGAUACUGUACAUACAAUAUAUAGACUCAUAGUUUGUUAGUUCGUGGGCAUCUGUGAGCUCAUGUAUGCAGAAGAGGGUAGACAGCUCUGCCCUCCGAGUGUGUUCAGCUGCACUGUGACUUGCUAGCCUUUGCCCUCCAGUUGGUAUCUGUUAUGAUAAGAUGGAUCUAGCUAGUGGAUUGAAAUGAGGAGAGAAUGAGGGUAAAAAUAAAUUCAGAGGCUUAUGUGGAAACCCUUGAAGAUUUUGAUGUAGAACCCUACAACAGAGAGUUUCCCUUACAGAGAACUCUUUUAAAAGCAAACCCCUAACUAUCCAAAGAAGAAAAAAGAGGUGGUCUUUAGUGGCGGUCCAUUGUACUUCUUCCACCUUAUACACCUUAUUUAGAUGUGCUUUUAUUUGCCUGUCUGUUGACCACUGAGAACAGAACAUGGACGCUUGACCUAUCAUAAAUAUCCUCCAUAAUUCGGCUUUAUAUUUGCCUUGAAGGCACUGGGAGAUCUCUUCUAGUGGUCCAGUUCCAUUAGGGGGAGCUCUGGUGCUGCUCGAAUGCAUCUUUUUAACAUUGUACGUGUGUAUAUGUAAAGCUACACACACAUAUCUAGAAGCAUACACACACACAGUGGUAGCUUGUUUUGUUAGAUAAAAGUGGGCUGACGGGAGGGCACGGGGUCAGAACAUAUGGCCUGCCCUCUCUAUGGUGAUGCUCCACUCCUCUCUUUUUCUUUCCCUUCCUUUCUGCUCCUCCACAAGCAGGUACAGUUCUUUGUUUCUACUACAAAAGAAGCAAUUAAAUUGAGUUAUAUUUAAUAAAGUGAGCAGAUGUUUGAGAGCCACCUUUUCGCUUACCCGCGAGCAAGACAGCAGAAGGUCAGCUGUAUAACAGACCACUGAGGGUCUCAUUUCUCUCUCUGUCGAUUUCUCUAUCAAUAAUCCACCAUGACUGUUUUGUUUAAACAUCAUUGUGUGUAAUGAAAUAAAGUCAGACAAGAACUAUAACAUGCAGUACAGCUAUGAAUAGAAUUAACCAAGUGCCUCUGUUUGUGUCAUGCAUUCAACAAGAAAAGUCCCAGUGUCUAGUUCCAGAUGGGUGUGCAGGGGAGAUUUACGCUAGUCCCCGGCAUUACGGAGCCCAUCACAUUGGAUUGCAUCUAGAGAAAGCACAAUAACACUUUUUCUUUUCCGAUAACUACUGUAUACCUAUACUGAAGUCUCGAGUAUCAGACGAUAUAAUAUCAUUUUAAUAUAGAAUGUUUUUCUUUAUGGGUACAUGGUGGCUUAGUGGUUAGCAUGUCUCCCUCACACCUCCGGGGUUGGCGGUUCGAAUCCUGCCUCCACUCUGUGUGUGCAGAGUUUACACGUUCUCCCUGUGUGUUAGGGGUUUCCUCCCUUAGUCCAAAGACAUGCAUUGUAGGCUGAUUGGCAUUUCCAAAUUUAUGUAGCAUGUGUGUGAUUGUCCCAUGCAAUGGGUUGGCAUCAGGUCCAGGGUGUCCUGAUGGCAUGUUUUUUUGGAUGAGAAUGUGGUGGUAACAAUCACUAGCUCAUUUGUGUUUUGUUUUGUUUUGUAUUUCCAGAUGUGAGCCAAGCAACAGUAGGAAAACAACAAGUGACAACUUCGGUGUGAAUGCUACUUUAGUGAAUUGACUUUUCGGCUGGGUGAAUUCUAUUCACGUUUGGUUUCUCUGAGAAAACAGAAAAGCAUCGUUUCUCAGUGCCUCCUGUAUCGCUGUAGCAAGGGUUGAAAAAUCAACUGUUGAUGCUGCCAGCGUUCUCUUAGCAAGUAACAAUAUCUCAAUUCAUCCAAUAUUAUCCUAGUAAAUUACUAUAAAACAAAUGAAUGUUCGUUUAACCUUUUUUUAAAUUUUAAAACUUACUUACUCCCAACACAAAAUUGCAUUAUUCUGUUAGGAGAUAACAUUCUAGAACGUAUUCAAUUGAAAGUAUUCAAUUCUAGAAUUAUUUCAAUCGGUCAAAUGUUUACUACGGCUGCAUCUCAAUUCGCCUACUUAUACUAUGCACUAAAAGUACGUACUCUUUUUGGGAGUGUGUAGGAAAAGAGUAUGCAAGUACUGGGACGUACUAACACGUCAUGUAAUGGUAGAGAACGUUGUUGCCUAGUUACGCACACCGUCACCGUAAACAAACUCUCCGUUGCAUUUCAUCUUUUCUCCGUUUAUUAUUCUUUAUACGGUUUAUACUAUAUAAUUUCGUUGACCAUUCCCUCGAUUGAUUAUUCCUCAUUUCAUUUACACCUUUCUAAAAUGCGUCCUUGAAUUCGGAAAGCAAACCGUCACAAAACUCCUGCAGAUCCGUCACGGGUCCACACUUCGGAACUUGAAAGAGUAGACCAUCCGGGUACAUUUGGGAAACUCAUUUCAACAUACUACCAUUUGGGACACACUAAUUCUAAUCUCGGAUACUAUGUAGGAUGGAUAAUAGGCAAUUCGGGACGCGGAAUAAUAUUAACAUAGGAGUUAACAUAAGUACCAUAUUAAAACCAUGGUAAUGGAUGGUGAAGCAAUAUAUACAGAAUAAUUACAGAGUGACAUCAUUCUUUUUAAUCUAUAAAUAGUUAUAUUUAAUGUUGUGGAAUGUCUGCAAAGCAAGAUAGUUCACUUAUCACUUAUGUGACAGCAGGUAACAUUAUUUGUUCAGAAAUGAACACAAGUUCUGGAUACAAGUAUGGAUAGUUCUGGAUUUGGAUUAGUGAGUAUACUUUUUAACCACUGCUCUGUUGAAUUCUCCAUUCUGAUUGGUUGGAAGGUGUUGAAUCAUUUUCGUUCAAGCUGAAAGACGUAUCGCAGCGCCAAUGACAUCUGCACAUCAGCAAACUUCACACCCGCCAGGCGAAUUCUCUACUGCCACUCUUCUUUCUUCCCAUCAUCCAUCCAUCCACCCCUCCUCCUUCUCCUCCUCCUCAUUCUCCUCUUCCGUCUUCUUUUACUACUCAAUGUCAUCUAUUUUCCAAUAUACUUUGGUUCAGGAUGAUGACGUUCUCUCUGAUUCCCUCUUAUGGUUUUGGAGCCAAUGUAGAACCAUUGGGAAGAGAGAAGAAAAAAAAAGGAGCAGUGUGUUGAUGUUCAAUAAGCGACUGUAUAUUCGCUCCAACACACUCGUUUCCAUCUGUCAGCCGAGCCGGCAGCUGUCAAUCCUCUUCUUUUGGGAGUCUGUUCAAGGACAAUGACACUCUGAUGGGUUGCCCUGCCAGGCACGAGCAAGAGCAAGACACUUGCCAGAGAAAGACAUGAGGAGAAACUGUGUGUGUGUGUGUUGGUGUGCAUGUACGUGUACUUGUGUAUGUGUUUGUGUGUAAUCUAUAUCCAUUUUGAAAUAAUAAAAAAAAAAAGCAGAAAACGGAAUAUGAAAAACGACUUGUUUGUGAAUUGUCUGUAUUUUUUCAAUAUUACUGGACAGUUACAGCCUGGUCACAGCCCUAAUUCGUACACACAGAACUUUACCAAAAGACCAUUCCCAGACUUCGUAUAGCUUGUACUGAACACGCUAUUUUUUUCAUACAUGUUUCAAAUGCAGGGUUUAUUGGUGCUCGUAUAUACUGCAUGGGGAAAAUACUAAUUUCACAAUUUCAACACUGCAAAUUUGCCCUCACUGCAAAAAUACCAUUGCAGCAACAACAACAACAACAACCUCCUAUCAUGUAUAAAUCUUUUUUUUUCUUCUUCUGAAUUUCUGAUUGGCUGUUUGGAGAAGACAAGGGUUCUGGGUAUGGUACUGAUUGUAAUAUCAACAUCAGCUAUUGCUAAUGUGUUGCUAGGUUGUUGUUCUGGUAUUCCAGAUGGUUGCUAUGAUGUUGCUAUGGUAUCUCAGGUGCUUGCUAAGGUGUUGCUGGGCAGUUGCUAUGGAAUUCCAGUUGGUAGCGACGAUGUUGCUAGGGAAUCCCAGGUGGUUGCUAGGAUGUUGCUAUGUGGUGGCUAUGGUAUCCCAGGUGGUUGUGAGGGUAAUGCUAGGCAGUUGGUAAGGAAUCCCAGUUGGUAGCUAGGAUGUUGCUUGGUGGUUGCUGUUGUAUCCCAGGUGGUUGCUAGGAUCUUGAUGUGGUGGCUGUUGUAUCCCAGGUGGUUGUGAGGGUGUUGCUAGGGAAUCCCAAGUGGUUGCUAGGAUGUUGCUAGGCGGUUGCUGUGGUAUCCUAGGUGGUUGCUAUGGUGUAGGUGGGUGGGGCAGUCCACUUUUAAUUAUCUUCAAUGUAUCAUAAUUAACAAAUGUAUAGGAAUUACAAAGGCAGAUCUUCCAAUAAUAAAUGCUAAAAUGUGAUAAAAUUUGAAUAAUGUAAUUGUUAAUGACAUGUUCAAGAUCAUUAUUAUUGAUUGCUACACUUUUUCUUGUGAAAAUAAAUGUGAGGGCUGUCUAUCAUUUGUCAUGAGGAAAUGGCUGAUGUAGGUGUCAGAACUAUGAAGUGUCAGGAAAUUCGAUAAUGGGAAUUAUAUUGAAUGAAAACUGUAAUUGUCCCUGUGGGUCUCUAAGCAACCAUUUUGGCAUGAAUAGAAUCGCUUGUGUUUACAUUUCACCAUCGUCCUCCCACACUAACACUGUAGAUGAAUGAUAAAACUGGAUUUCCACUCAGAUUUGUGGAUCAAUUUGUGGAUUGCCUUACAGUAUGUGUUUGUGGACAAACACAUACUGUAAGGCAACUGCUAGUUGGUUCGUUUGUUUGGUUUGUUCUUCAUUUAUUUCUGGCUGUUUUUUUUUUGUUUAUGUGGUUUAGUUUGUUUGCGUUUGGUGUGAUUUGUUUGUUUAUGUGGUUUAGUUUGUGUGCGUUUGGUGUGAUUUGUUUGUUUAUGUGGUUUAAUUUGUUUGGGUUUGGUGUGAUUUGUUUGUUUAUGUGGUUUAGUUUGUUUGGGUUUGGUGUGAAUUGUUUGUUUAUGUGUUUUAGUUUGUUUGGGUUUGGUGUGAUUUGUUUGUUUAUGUGGUUUAGUUUGUGUGCGUUUGGUGUGAUUUGUUUGUUUAUGUGGUUUAAUUUGUUUGGGUUUGGUGUGAUUUGUUUGUUUAUGUGGUUUAGUUUGUUUGGGUUUGGUGUGAAUUGUUUGUUUAUGUGUUUUAGUUUGUUUGGGUUUGGUGUGAUUUGUUUGUUUAUGUGGUUUAGUUUGUUUGCGUUUGGUGUGAUUUGUUUGUUUAUGUGGUUUAAUUUGUUUGGGUUUGGUGUGAUUUGUUUGUUUAUGUGGUUUAGUUUGUUUGGGUUUGGUGUGAAUUGUUUGUUUAUGUGGUUUAGUUUGUUUGGGUUUGGUGUGAUUUGUUUGUUUAUGUGGUUUAGUUUGUUUGGGUUUGGUGUAAAUUGUUUGUUUAUGUGUUUUAGUUGGUUUAGUGUAUCUGAGUUUGAUAUGGAUAGGUUAGGUUUGUUGAUGUGGUUUGUUUUUGAUUUUGCCUGUUUCAGUUUGUUUUGCCUUAUUUCGGGGUUAGUUUGUUUUGUUUGUUUUGUUUGCACAUGUUUGGUUUCAGUUUUUAGAGUUUAGAUUUUGAUAAAGAAUCUAAUGACUUGGGUGCAGAUGAAGAAUUAAGUGAUAAUACAUGAAGUGUGCUUAUUCGCUUAGUAGACGCCAGGCCAAUGAUGAAACACAACCUUCAGCGAAAGCUCAGUAUGAUAACACAAAUCGUAAGGUAGUGUUUCCACAUUGUUGGCAGCCAUGAAAUCCCAAUUUAACCCCAUAUGACACAGUAUGUCCAGGAUACAGACAGGUUAUCAUACCGAUAGUUUAAGAGUAAUUGUUUAUAACAGGUGUAUUAUCGACUGUAUUAUAGCAGGAGCACUGUAAUGUAUUUUACAGCUUUGGAGCACAAACUGUCCCUCACCUGAAACGUCUUACUCCUGAAAUAAGAAAAUGGAGUACUAUAUAGAGUAAAGACAGUGUGUGCUAUCACAGACAGCCACGCCCACUCUCAUAUUUUGUGUCGGUCUACAGACCUGCACCUGAGCAUGAGACAGUCGGGUAUGAUGGACUGUAACAGAUGAAGGUGUGUGUGUGUGUGUGUGUGUGUGUGUGUUAGAUCAGUGUCUCCUUACUGCUUCUCUUACAUCAGUGCUUUAAAUAAACUCUGCUUGGGUCGUGUCACUCAGGAGAUAAAGUUGCAAAAAUCCUUCCAGGUGAAAAUGAAACUUGUCCUAUAGCUAUUUAAAAUUGCAAAUGUAAUGUAUUAUAUUUUCAUUUUGUUGCACUAAGACACAAUUAUAGUGUCUGUUAUUAUCCCUAGACGUGCCUGGUCCGUAGACAUCGUAACAACAAGAAAAGUUUUUUUUUUCCCCCUCAUUCCUUCUUCUUUGUUUUCAGUGAUAUUAUAAUAU